CCAGCAGUGCAGCAGCGCGCCGGGGCCCGAGCUCGGGGCCGCGCCCGCUCGCGCUCGCGGGCUCGGGCUCGAGGGAGCUGUGGGGGGCCGGAGCCGGGGCCGGGCUCGGGGGCCCCUGGCCGCGCGAGCUCGGGCUCGGGGGCCGCCGCGCGACCUGCCGCGGCCGCUGCGGGGUGCCACCGGCCGCGGGGCCCUCCGCGCCGGGGCGCCGGGGGGGCUCCGCGCCGCCCCCUGCUCUCCACCGAGGAGGGCCCCCCUCCUCGCUCAUCGACGCCUCGGCGCUCGGUCCUCGGCGCUCAUCUCCCGGGUCCUCGGCGCGCGGCCCGCUGCUCCAUGGGCGGCCUGGCCGAGCCCCGUGCCGACCCCCUUGCGCGCGGCGGUCCCCUCGCGUGUCUCGCUCCGUGGACAGGCGUGGGCAGGCGGCCAUGGAGGGGGGCCUCGACAUACCGUGGCGUGCGGAGCGGCCCGAUGGAGGCCGCCGCUGGGGCAGCGAGCAAAUGGAGGACCUCCGGCACGGGCACCAAAUCCAUAUGCCUUUUCCCAAUGGUCGCCCAGAACUUGCUCUGGGAACUGCCAGGUUGGCUAUCGCAGCAGUCGGACUGCAAGACGCCGCGGGAGGCGACGGGCACGGUGUGCAUGGUGGAACCUUCGCGGUGUCUUCCAACACCGCAUGGGUGCACACGCGGAGUAUGGCGUAGGUUCAGGCGGCUCGCCAAAUCCGCCUUCUGAGAGGAAUAACGCGAUCGAUACGCAUUUAGGGGGGACAUUCUACUUGAUCGAGACACCAACACCUGCACGCUCGCUUUGAACUGGCACGCCAUGACAAAUCUGGCCAAAGAAGUAGUCCUCGCAAACGCUCGUCCAGGGAGGAGACUAGCUGACACCGACGUAGUCGCCGAUUCGGCGGACGUGCUUGAGGCUAUUGCCUCGCGGGGAUCUAGAACUCUACUGUUGUAGAGAAGAGCCUCAUAAGCCAGCGCAACGACACGUGUCCGGCGGCCAAUCUGCACUGUUGUCGAACGCUGCGGCGAUGAUGAAACCUUGCAAUCCGAGCAAACCUUCCAGUGUAUACCUCAUCCACUAAGAGCAACAACCACUUGCCAUGGUACGCGGUCUACACGAUCCCGUAAAGCCGCUGCAAGAAGAUCACACGUGAGGGAGAUACCCUGGUCUGGGAAGACGUCCUGCGAGGAAGCCACUGAUGAUGCCGAAGGCUGGCAACAACCCAUACAAUACUCGAGGACGAGAACUGCGUCGGAAACGUGCUGAUCCGAGAAUGGGGCGAUUUCACUUCUCGCCGAAAUCACGUACACCUCAUGGGACUGCGUGAACGUAUGAUUUCAGCGUACAUCAACUUAGGUGUACGAUCUUUUGGCCCAACGUGCACGUAAAGAACUCCUGCUGGCAGUACGACAGCAUGAACCGGGCACACGAUCUCAUAAAGGGGGCUGGACAAGAACACGCUGUGCUCGUGGGUGGCACGGGCUAAGUGUGCAACCGUUGUGAACCAGCAGCGGAACGAGCCCGAUCUAGCGAUUGGGCCAACAUCAACCAGCCUCUUCCACGCGCUCUCCUAAUUGUUGUGGUGCCCCCAAACAAGCCGCAGCACCUCGACAAACUCCGCCAAACCUCCGCCCGAUCGAGCGUGGCAGCAAUGCAGCCGUCUGCGUAGAGCGCGGAACGCCCGACAAGACCUCCACCUUCGGCGUGGGAACCGCAACGCCAUGAAGACCAGCAUGGGGAGAGCGGCGCCACUAAGACCGGCAUGCUGAAGGAAAUUGGCACCAACAUCAACCAGGGGUCUGCCUCCACCGGGAGGAGAUGAUCCUGGAUUUUGAUGUCAGUGGCUAUCUUUCGGCCACCUAUGAGGCCCGAAUGUGACCACGAUCGCCGCGAUCGGGAUCGUCUCCCCUCGGUGGAGACACACUGCCCCUAUUGGUGCUGUGCCAGCCUCUGGGCCUUCGAGCAUGGGGAGAGCAGCGCCACGAAGAGCGGCAUGGCGGCAUGGAGGCCUCCUACAUAACCUACAGGAAGAGACCGGCACCGGGGAGAGCAGCGAACUGCUCCUCGAGCGCCCAGGCGCAGCGGGCCGCGCCCCGCGCGGCCGCCCGAGGAGGCCUUGGGUCGAGGCGCGGGCUGCGGCCCGCCCGGGGACGCCCGGGCGGCGCGGCAGUGGCGCGGAAGCGCCCGAGCACGGGGGGCCAGCGCGACCAAGAGGAGCCAGCGUUGUAGCGUCGAGGCCGGGCAGAGCGUGCGCGUACGGGCAUGGGCACCGUGUUCAGGAUUUGGCCGCGCGGCUGCUGCCGACUGCCCGCAGGAGUGGCGGCCCUCUGGCAAGUCGGGCUCCCCAAGUCGCGAAGUCGCGGGCCUUCCAGACAUCGGAGCGGGGCCAUGAUGUCCAGGACGAGGUCGCAACUCACACAGCCGAGGCGGCGGCGUUGCCAGGGCGUACGGCAGCAGGACGCACCUCCCCUGGCUAGAUUCACAAAUGAUUACCGGCCACUUCGGCCCCAGCAAGUGGGCCGCUGCAUCAGACUUGGCAGAGGUCGCAUCGGUGGCGAACGCGAGCAGACGCUGAGCCAACCCUCGGUCGUGCAGCCGAUCGCCGUGGCCGCCCGCAGCAGCACCACCUCCACGCUGGAUCCGCUGGCCGUGACAGCGACUGGUCGGGUUGAAACUGGCCUCGUGGCGCGGCGAGCCUGCGACUCCGUGGCCUCCGGCAUGCGCUCGGGAACGGUCAGCAUCGUGGGCCCCACCGCGCGACGGCCAUCGCUUGCACUGGACCGCUACCUCGUACCCCUCGCCGUGCCAUGGCCCCCGGCGGCGCCGACGCUCUGA